GUGGGCUCUUGGAAGGAGAUCUCAGUCCAAGACUACAAGAUGGCCAUUGAGAAAGCUUGGGAUGAGUUUGAGAGUUUUCCUGACCACGGCCCUGGCUUCGCAGCUCGAAGACGUUACUGGUUUAAGCUUUUGUCCACAUUGGGACAUAUUUCUGGCCGAUAUGAAAGACACAUAUUUACAUCACUGAAGCCACAGCAGGGGAACGAUGUGGCAGUGGAAGAGCAUGAAGUGGCCGCACAACACCCUGCCGAGGAGCCUUCGGCAAAGGAAGUUGCUGCUGGGCCACAGGGGUCACAAUCAAUUGGUCUGCCCAAUGCCGCCAACUACGACCACAUCCAGCAAGAGAACCAGCUGACAGAUGAGGCGAAAGAAAUCUUAACCAAGCUUCCACUCAAGACAUGCAAGGGCUCCAGGAAAUAUGUGGUAUAUUGCAGAAAUGGAUGGGGUUUGUCGACCUCCAAGAAGUGCUACAAGUCAAGUGGGUUUGCGACAAGGGAAGGCUUGUCUCAAGCCGUGGCUGACUGGUGUGCAGACGGUGGCGAUGCCUGGCACCUCAGAGUCAAGCUAGACUGA